AUGGCAAUCAACCGCGAAACUACCGUGCCCUUCCACCUCAAACUAUUCUUCCGCCAAAACGCCUACCACGCCCUCACCGACUUCCCAAUCCCUACUCCUACAGGACCCAGCUGCACAAGAGAACUACCUCCACACCUAGAAAUUUACACAUGGCAGUCGUGUUCAUUGCGCGAACUGUCCAGUCUACUAGCUGGCGCAUUACCAUCACAACUACCCGAUCCUCAAGCCGGGACCAGGCUUUGUUUCCGACUUGUAUACCCCGAUACACGCGGCGCGGCGACGGAGGGGCGAGGGAGAUACCUUUCGAAAGAUAUCGGGAGCGUUAUUCUAGGACGAUCGGCAGAAAAGAACGGACACGACGAGCAACGAACGAAUGGCGCGCGGCGGGGAUUUAUGGGGAAAGACGUCUCUAAUCAAGACGAGGCAGAUAAGACGCUAGCCGAUGCGCGAUUCGUGGUGGGUGACUACGUGGAUGUUGCGAUUUUACCUCCGCUAGAUGAUGGGAGUGUUGCGCCGCCGGUGCAAGGUGGGAGAGGACCCCCGGGAGGACCUAUUGGGGGUGGCAUGAGGGCGUUCAGAGCGCCGCGUGAGAAUGGUGGUGGGAGACGAGGGCCUGGGGGUGGUGGCAUGGGACGAGGACCACCAGGGAAUGGAUUGCCGAGUGGUGAUUGGAAGAGAGGCGAACGAUUACCAGAAGAACGCGGUGGGGGAUGGGGGAGGCGCAGAGGUCCUUAUUAA